AUGGAAACUCUGAGCACCCCACUUAUUUCUCUUCCACGUUACCCAAACCCAACUUCCUUAACUGUCGAUAACGGUCAUCGUGACCACCUAGUUUUCUCUCUAAUCAGUCAAUGCUCAACUAUAAAACAACUAAAGCAAAUCCAUGCUCAUAUGCUCCGUAUAGGCCUGUUCUUUGACCCUUACUCGGCCAGCAAGCUCUUCAAAGCCUCUUCUCUGUCAUCUUUUUCCAGCCUUGAGUAUGCUCGUAAAGUGUUCGAUCAUAUUCCCCAGCCAAAUCUCUACACAUUUAACACCCUCAUUCGCGUUUAUUCGUCGAGCUCUGAACCCAUUCAAAGUGUUAAAAUCUUUUUGGAAAUGCUUUAUGAGUCUCCUUAUUAUCCAAGCAAAUUCACGUACCCUUUUUUAAUCAAAGCGGCUGCGGGACUUAGUAGGUUACAUGUAGGGCAAGUUUUUCAUGGAAUGGUAAUUAAGUCCUCUCUUGCUGAUGAUAUAUUUAUUCUUAAUUCACUAAUACAUUUUUAUACGUCAUGUGGGGAUUUGGAUAUGGCAUAUAGAGUUUUUGUUAUGAUUGAUAAAAAAGAUGUUGUUUCUUGGAAUUCAAUAAUCUCGGGUUUUGUUCAAGGAGGUCGUUUUGAGAUGGCAUUAGAGUUGUUUAGAGAAAUGGAGGUAGCGAAUGUUAAGCCUAAUGAUGUAACAAUGGUGGGUCUUUUAUCAGCUUGUGCAAAGAAAAAGGAUUUGGAGCUUGGGAGCUGGGUUUGUUCUUAUAUUGAAAAGAACGAGAUAAAAAUGGACUUGACUAUGAGUAAUGCGAUGCUUGAUAUGUAUGUAAAAUGUGGGAGUUUGGAAGAUGCAAAAAGAUUGUUUGAUAAGAUCGAAGAAAAAGAUAUUAUUUCCUGGACGACCAUGAUUGAUGGGUAUGCAAAAUUGGGGGAGUACGAUGCAGCUAGAUGUGUUUUAGAUGCCGUGCCAAAACAAGAGAUUGCUAUAUGGAAUGCCCUCAUAUCAGCUUAUGAACAGAAUGGGAAACCGAAAGAGGCUUUGGCCGUUUUCCGUGAGUUGCAGCUCAGCAAGAAUGUGAACCCAGAUGAGGUCACUUUUGUGAGUACUCUGUCAGCCUGUGCUCAGUUGGGAGCAAUGGAUGUAGGUGAGCAGAUCCAUGCCAACAUAAAGAACCAAGGUGUGAAGUUCAAUUGUUAUCUGACCACCUCACUCAUUGACAUGUAUUCGAAGUGUGGGAAUCUUGAGAAGGCUCUUGAGGUAUUUUAUUCAGUGAAGAGGAGGGACGUAUUUGUUUGGAGUGCCAUGAUUGCUGGUUUGGCUAUGUAUGGGAAGGGGAAAGCUGCUAUAGAUUUGUUCUUUAGAAUGCAAGAAGCUAAGGUCAAGCCCAACGCUGUGACUUUUACCAAUGUACUAUGUGCUUGUAGUCACACAGGUUUAGUGGAGGAAGGCAGGAUGUUUUUCAAUCAAAUGGAGCCAGUUUAUGGGGUUGUGCCAGGAUUCAAGCACUAUGCUUGCAUGGUUGAUAUUCUUGGGCGUGCAGGUCUUCUGGAAGAAGCUGCUGAACUCAUUGAGAAAAUGCCAAUAACUCCUAGUGCUUCUGUAUGGGGGGCUUUACUUGGGGCCUGUAAGAUUCAUAACAAUGUUGAGCUUGCUGAACAGGCUUGUAGCCGGUUGCUGGAGUUGGAACCUGAAAAUCAUGGAGCUUUAGUGCUUCUAUCUAAUAUAUAUGCCAAAACAGGGAAAUGGGACAAUGUUUCUGAACUAAGAAAGCGUAUGAGAGUUUCUGGACUUAAGAAAGAACCGGGUUCUAGCUCUAUUGAGGUCAAUGGUAUAAUUCAUAAGUUUCUAGCAGCAGAUAACUCUCACCCUCUCUGCAAGGAAAUCUAUUCGAAGCUAGAUGAGAUAAUGGCAAGAUUAAAAUCCUUGGGUUAUGUACCGAACAAGUCCCACCUUUUGCAACUUGUUGAAGAAGAAGACAUACAAGAGCAAGCCCUAAACCUUCACAGUGAAAAGUUAGCUAUUGCAUUUGGGUUGAUUAGUGCGAAUCCAUCUCAACCUAUCCGGAUUGUGAAGAAUCUUCGUGUUUGUGGGGACUGCCACUCAGUUGCUAAGCUCAUAUCUAGGCUUUAUGAUAGAGAGAUAUUGUUGAGGGAUCGAUAUCGAUUCCAUCAUUUCAGUGGAGGACAGUGUUCAUGCAUGGAUUAUUGGUGAAUAUGGGAAAAAUUGGCUGCAUACAAUUCAUCUCGAACCUAAAAAAUGGAACUUGAAGUAAAAGCAGAGGCCAAGUUAUCUAAUUGUUCCGACUCUUGAAGCAAUUCAAGGUGAAUCAGUUGGAAAUAUGUGUAGUAUGGAGAGUUGAGUUGCCCACUGUGAAGGAGUUGGAGAAUUUCUUCAACUUCUGAUAGUAAGUGUUACAGAACUCUUUCAUAGCAUAAAUUUUCACUUAAUGCAGUUCUUCCUCUGAAACAUGUAUGUCUGAUCUCUGUAUUCAGAUUGUGCAUGCAUGACUAUGGCAUUCAUAUUUAGUCAACUCAAUGCAUGCCCCCUUCUAGUUUGGAGGAAUCUAGCUAAUUAUGCAAGUUGUACCCUGUCAUUAUACUUGUGAAUGUUGAACAAAGAAACAAAAAUUUAAAAC